AUGGCGGCGAUUUUUUCAAAGGUGUCUGAGCAGUAUGGCGAGUUGGUUAAUUUCAUCAUCAGACCUCCCCGCGACAUUUACACGGACGAGGAGUUGGGGCCUCGAUUGUUUACGAUGGCGGGGAGGCAGUACAAGCGCACAGACUUUGAAUUAAUCAACAGGAGAGAUAUGCGCCUUCAGUGCAGUCACUAUGAACCUGUCUUCCCGGGAGGCAAGGACAAGAAACUACCCUGCGUCGUAUACUUGCACGGCAAUUGUUCUUCUCGUCUUGAAGCCAUGUCCGCGCUACCCGUGCUGCUGCCGCAGAAUAUCAGCGUCUUUGCCUUCGACUUCUCAGGUAGCGGCAGAUCAGACGGUCCAUACAUCUCCCUGGGCUGGUGGGAGAGAGAUGAUGUAGAUGUAGUUGUAGAGUUUCUACGCUCUUCCGGCCGGGUCUCCGCUGUGGGGCUGUGGGGCCGAAGUAUGGGCGCCGUCACUGCGCUGAUGCAUGCACACAGAGAUCCUUCUAUUGGAGGCAUUGUCUUGGACUCACCAUUUGCUGCACUGCGUCGAUUGGCUGAGGAGUUAGCUGACUCUGUGCUGCAAUUUACUAUCCCCAAAUUUGUUCUCUCUAUUCUUCUCUCCUUAGUUCGAAGCUCUAUCACCAGCAAAGCGCACUUCGAUAUUAACCUUAUCGCCCCAAUCGACUGCGUGCCCGAAGCCUUUAUUCCAGCGCUGUUUGUGUACGGGCGCGAGGACACUUUUAUUUCUCCGCAGCAUGUGAAGGAUCUGCAUGCUGCAUAUGGCGGCGACAAGAACCUUAUUGAGGCGACGACUAGGGUGGAAGGGGGGCAUAAUUCUCCUAGGCCUGCCUUUAUGCUGCACUCUGCGGCGAUUUUCUUUAGAAAUACACUUAACCCUUCUACCUUUAGCAGCAGAGAGCCGCACAGAGGGCGUGUCCAGCAAAGAGACAGACAAGAAAACCCCCAAGGCUGCAGCAGCAGCAACAGCAGCAGCAGCAGCUGCUGCAGCAACUCAGACAGCAUCCCUAGUGACGACUUGGUGGUGCCUAUACACCCCUUUGAGGAAGAAUGUCCUGGGCCUGCUGCUGCUGCUGCAGCAGCAGCAGCAGCAGCAGCUGCUGCUGCUGCUGUUGCUGCAAGCGCUGCCGCCACUUCACCUCCUGCUGCUGCGGUUUGUCGUGAUGCUUCACCAGCAGCACAAACUGCUGCUACUGCUGCUGCUGUCCCCCAGUGGACAGACGCUGGGCCUAAAGAACAGCCUCAGCAGCAGCAGCAGCAGCAACAACAGCAGCAGCCGGAUGCAAAUGCGGGUUUGUUGGGCUCUGCAGCAGCAAAGCCUGGAAACUGCCACAGCAGCAGAAGGCGCUCUUGGCUUAGCAGCAGCAGCAACAGAAGCAGCAACAGCAGCAGCAGCAGCAAUGAGGCACAUGCUGCUGCUUCCAGCAACAUGAGGUCGCUGCUGUCGCGUAGUCUGCUGCGGUGGGGGACGGGGAAAUCUGCUGCUGCUGCUGGCAGCAGCAGCAGCAAGAAAGACAGCAGCAGCAGCAGCAGCAGCAUCCAAACAGAGGCGCAGCAAGACCGAAGCGGCACUUGCAGCUGUGAAGAUAUGCCCAUAGCAGCAGCAGCAACAAACGAUGCAGCAGCAGCAGCAGCAGCAGCAGCAGCAGCAGCAGCAGCAGCAGCAGCACCUACCGAUGUAGUAAGGGGUAUGGCUCCCCCUGAGCCUUCCUUUCGUUUUUUUAAACAUCAGGGGGGAAUUGAACCUGCAACUUUUAUUGAAGACGAAGACGAAAUUUUGCAGCGAGCGAUCUCAAUAUCGCUGGAGGAGUUCAUUCGGGAGCAGCAGCAACACAGCGCCGACCCCCUAAACCUCACACCCUAA